AUGUCUUUGGUAUCACGGUUUAAUAGUUCUGUGGCUGGGAUUCUCCCGAAACGGGCCCUUGUGGCUGUUUCUGGUGGCGUCGACUCCAUGGUGCUGCUUGAUUUGCUAAAAAAGACCGGAAUCGACGUCCACGCAAUCACCAUCGAUCAUGGGUUACGGGACCAGAGUGCGCACGAGGCGGCUCAGGUGCACCGAAUUGCAACAGAUAUGGGUGUCGAGCACCAUAUCGUCAAGAUACCCACGCCUGACGCGCCCGAAAAGUUCGAAAAAUGGGCCAGGGACUGGCGGUACUCGCUGAUCUCUCAGACGAUGGACCGCUUGGACAUUCAGAGUGUGCUGGUUGCACACCACCGCGACGACCAGCUGGAAACGUUUUUGAUGCGACUGGCCAAGAACUCGACGCUGUUCGGUCUCGCUGGAAUGCACACACGCGCGCGGUUCCCGAUAGAGCACCCAUUGACUACCAAACAGUUGAUUCGGCCGCUGCUGUCGUUUCACAAGUCGGAGCUGUACCAGUACGCCAAGGAACAGAACCUGGUUUGGUUUGAGGACGCAACGAACUCGCAACCCGUCACGUUGCGCAAUCGCAUUAGGAAAUGGCUGCGCGAUAAUAAGCUGGAUAAACAGCAUGUCGAGACGUUGCUCCACGACGUGGAGUCGGCCGUUGAACAGGUCGAAGCAGAAACCAGCCAACUCAGCCAGAUGGCAAGCGCACGAUUCUGCGACAAAACGCUCAGAAUGACUAUUCGCAUCCCACGCAAAGCGUUCUCACAGUUCUCCGCCAUGAGCAUCGAUAGAUACCUGUACGACCAGCUGUACCAAGUAUCGCCAGCAUCAAAUUACCACCACAGAUACACCACCAUCGACUCGAAGAACGCCACAGUGUUCAGCAGCGACUUCUCGCUCGCCGAGACGUUGCAGGACAAGUCAUGCCCCGAGAAAUUCAACAUGCUCAAAUGUCUCUUCCGGGUAGUCCACACUGCCCAGGACACGCAUCUGUUGGUGACACGAGCUGCCGAGAAGUACAAGCAUGUUGUUAGGUCGCGUAUGGAGAUUAGUAACGAGUGGUCAGACUGGCAACUGUUCGAUAAUAGACUCUGGAUCCGUGCAAGAGGCCAGCCAGGACAGUACAGGCUCCAGGUAGAGCCUAACGGGGUGCCGGCAGUGUACGAGAAAUCGCAAUUUCUCUGCUACCCGACAAUUGGCGGGCACUUUAAGUUAGAGUUUGAAACCAGACCGAAGAAUCACUCGUCCUCGCUUUCGCUGAUUUCGUCUAAUUUGUAA